UGUGUACAAUUUGAACAGAGCAUAGAACCUUGAAACGUAGUCUAAAUAUUUAUUUGAUUUAAAAUAUAAAUCAGUUUACAGUUCAGCAUUACGCGGCAUUCCCUCGCCGUUUAUUUCACAAGUUUUUAUGGAGCUAAACGUGAACGAAAUCGACUUGAAGAAAAUGGACACCGUGGGGCCUUGUUUUCACCAAACGUUGACGGCGGCGCUGGAAGAUCUCACGGAGCAGCUGCAGCAGCUGGUGGCUGUGUCAGAGACGGAGCGAGGAACGGCAGACGAUGGGGAGGCGUUGAAGAGUGGUAUAUGGGAGGUUAUGGAAAGUUACAACUACACUAUGCAAGGCCUGGAAAGUUUUGUUUCUGCCAUCAAAACUGAGACGGCCAUGUUGGAUAAUGAGCUAGAGAGUCUGGAGGUGAAGAAGCAAAGCAUUCUUGAGGAGAGAGAUAUUUUGAUUGAAAAAGGUCAUGAGUUGAACUGUCGACUUGGUUACAACGCUUUGGAGCGGAAGUUGGAUGAAACAUUUAGCAGCAUAGAGAGGUACACUAAUGAAGAAAGCGCCAAGUGUUUUAAAGAUGAAGCUGAAGAGAAGUUAAAACAAACCAACAAUUUAAUUCGUAUAGCAAAUAUCAGAGCCUGCCAACUAGACAGAGAAACAUUCAAAGAGAUGGAAAAAAUCACCAACCUGUUUGAAAACUAUGAGAGGGACAGAGAAUAUUAUGUCAAGGAACUGGACUUGUUCUCAGAAAUCAGACGUCACCAUAUUUCACUCUGGCUUUCUGAACCCAGGAUGGAUGCAGAAAGGGAGAAAGGAGAGAAUAUUCUGGAUUAUCUGAAUUUAUCUCAGAGGCAGCGUCACAUGGAGGCACAGGUCAUAAAAAAUACCUUACGAAUGUAUUCCUUCAAUGCAUCUUUAAAUUUCGACCGUGAGGACAACUUGAAAAUGAUGGAAGAGUUGACCAACCUCCAAAACAAAGUGAACACCUUGUCUGGUGUCAACUCCAUCUUGCCCAGAAGUGCUAAAGCUAAAACAGAUCUCACCGUUGAGGAGAAACCAAGCACAGAAGAUGAUGAAAUGGCACGAGGGGACAAUUUAGAAGAGGAAGAAGUCACUGGGAAGGGACUCCACCGCUGCCCUAGAAAAAUUAAUUUAGCCACUGAUCCACUCACAGAUCCUAAAUUAGUCUCAAAGCUGGAGUCUCUCACAAGAUGGGAGGAGGCUGAGGAAUGCUUAUCCCUAUCAAUGGAGCAACAUGAGAAUAGUUAUAGUGAACCCCAUUCAAAUCUUCUGACCUCCAGCAGUUCAACUCUUACAGAGGUCAAGGCCACUCUCUCACUGUGUGGAGAUGCUGAAGCCGCCCACAAGAGGCCAUCAUUUUCUGAUGUAACUGAUGCCACUGGCCUGACCAAAACCAAAUCUGAAUGUAAGCAAAUGGAGUCUCAUCCCAGCCACCAUAACUUUUUAUCCCACUUUGAGUCAUCCACUGUUUUACCUGGAACUGCAGACAGACAGAUGCUGGGUUUGGUUAGAAGACGUCACAGCUCUCGACCUGUCGGCAGCUUGACUAAUCUCAUGGACACAGAGAAAGUUUUGUCCGGCCAAAGAGUCUUAGACACAGACGUGGACUCUCGGGAUGCUCGGUCUCAGGGCAGCGAACACAUGAUCAGACCCACACCCAAUGGUAACAAGAGCAGGGAACAUGUCCCCAACACUACUGGAUGCGACUAAAACUAUACUUUAAUUUUUUCAUUGUUGGGAAUGUGAGAGCUUAUCUUUAUACUUUCUUGGUAAAAAAAAAAAAUACAUAUUUUUUGCUGGUCAUUUUUAGCAACAAUAACCUAGUUCUCUAUUGCCUAAGAAUAAAUUAUUUUGUGUUCUCUCAAAACAGUUAUGAUUACACUACCUUUGUUUUAGUUUAACACAAAUUACAAAUCUUUUUCUUCAUAAUUACUCAUCAAUUUUGUUUUGUUACAAACAGUUGUAUUUUUAAAAUGUAUCAGACAGUUAUAGCCAAUUGUAUAUUCCUAAUUGAAGACUAUAGUGCUAAUUGUAAUGUCAUAUUUCUGUCAAAACCAAACUUUUCAGAGAUCACACUUCUCCAGCUUAGCUUUCUAUACACUGUGAAUACAUAAUAUGCUUUAAUAUUUACUCAAGUUUCUCUCACAAUCUUAUAAAAUUCAGUAAUAAAAAAGUUUUUAAAAAUUAUAUGAUUUUUACCUUAUGAAAAGUAUUUGAGAAUGCUGGUCUUCAACUGCUGCCUUAGUUCCAAUGUUAGUCAAGUAUUCUGGAAUAUUUAACUGUCUAAUGCAGCCAUUAAAAUUAUACUAAAUAUAUUAUGGAUUUAUUUACUUUAUUUAAACAUCAGGAGCCAAAAUAUUCUCACAGAAAUCCCUGUGAUUUAUUUAAA